GUGCACACGCAGCAGGGCGAGUGUGCGCGCCCCCGCGACUCUGUGAGAGACAACAAAGCCUUAACGCCUUCCAUAACAGCGAGGGCUGCAGACUUGAGCAACAGCCGAAUUCGUCCGGGCAACGUCGCGCUGAAUAUGGAUUUACAGUGGGUGUAGCAUCGCUGGAAACCAAGCCUUCUCGGCUGGGGGGUGACGGACGGCAACGGGGGAAAAAAAGCGACGAGCGUAAACAACGAUUUGUCUUGCAGUUUGGGGGUAGGGGGUGCUUUUGUCUCGUGCACCUAACCACAGCAACCCCCAUCAUCGGAGCCGCUCCAAGUGCACCAUAUUCGGCUAGUGGCUCGGCUAGCUGCCGUCGGGAUGCAGCACCAUGUUGUCACCGACAAGUAGCCGUUAAAGCGACGGUCUACGUGGGAAACGCCGAAAGAGCUUCCCCCUCCAACACCCACACCUCUUGAUCGAGGUCCCAACGGGUCGUCGCCGGGGACCACAAUCCGUGUGAGCCUCAGGAGCGGAGCUCCACUGUUGGUUGGCGACAUGGCGGAGCAAGGCUACUCGUCUUGGGCGUACUCUUUAGUUGACUCCAGCCAGGUGUCCACCUUCCUCAUCUCCAUCCUUCUCAUCGUCUAUGGCAGCUUCAGGUCAUUAAACAUGGACUGUGAGAACCAAGAGAAGGACAAAGAUGGUAACCCCACACCGGGCUCCUUCAACAACGCCAACACAAACAACAGUAUUCAGACUAUAGACUCAACGCAGGCGCUGUUCCUGCCCAUAGGAGCUUCCGUGUCUCUGCUAGUCAUGUUCUUCUUCUUUGACUCGGUCCAGGUGGUCUUCACCAUCUGCACGGCAGUGCUCGCUACAAUCGCUUUUGCGUUCCUCUUGUUGCCAAUGUGCCAGUAUCUGACGAGGCCCUGCUCCCCACAGAACAAAAUUUCCUUUGGCUGCUGUGGCCGCUUCACUCUGGCCGAGCUCCUGUCCUUCUCCCUCUCCGUCAUAUUGGUGCUCAUCUGGGUGCUGACUGGACAUUGGCUUCUCAUGGAUGCUUUGGCCAUGGGCUUGUGUGUGGCCAUGAUCGCCUUCGUGCGGCUGCCCAGUCUGAAGGUGUCGUGCCUGCUCCUGUCAGGGCUGCUCAUCUAUGACGUGUUCUGGGUGUUCUUCUCAGCCUACAUCUUCAACAGCAACGUGAUGGUCAAAGUCGCCACUCAACCUGCUGAGAACCCCAUUGACGUCCUGUCCAGGAAGCUUCACUUGGGACCGGGGAUGGCCCGUGACGUGCCCCGCCUCUCCCUACCUGGGAAACUGGUCUUUCCCAGCUCCACAGGAAGUCACUUCUCCAUGUUGGGAAUCGGCGACAUCGUGAUGCCCGGGCUGCUCUUGUGCUUUGUCCUGCGCUACGACAACUAUAAGAAGCAAGCUAGCGGGGAGGCCUUGGGGCCCGGGAACAUGUCGGGACGCAUGCAGAGGGUCUCCUAUUUCCACUGCACUCUCAUUGGAUACUUUGUGGGUCUUUUGACUGCCACCGUGGCAUCCAGGAUCCAUCGCGCUGCUCAGCCUGCUCUGCUCUACCUGGUGCCCUUCACCCUGCUGCCUCUGCUCACCAUGGCCUAUCUGAAGGGUGAUUUGCGGCGCAUGUGGUCCGAGCCCUUCCAUACCAAGCCCAGCUCCCGCUUCCUGGAGGUAUGAUAGCACCCAGGCAAAUUAACAACCAGCAACUAGGGGGGAGGACAGCGGACCCCCACUCCCGUGGAAGAGCGCUCGAUGGAGGGAUGGGGGAGUAGAGGGGGCGCCCUCACAGUGAGGCCAUGUCGUCACCACUCGUUCAUGCUUUCCACCCAUCUGCGGAACCCCCCCGCUCCCUCACUCCCUCCCUGCCCCCACCACAGAAAGACACAAGUGUGUGUGUCCUACACACCACUCAUCCUCCUCCUCUUCAUCAUAGCACAUCCUGCUCAUGUUUCACUUCCCCUUCCUCCCCGUCUUUCCUCCGCAUUGAUUUGUCACACAAGAUCACAUGACCUCCCUCCUGCCCCUCCCCCUCUUUGUGGACUUGCAGAUGUAAGACAUGGGGGGGCGGUGGUUAUAUAUAUAUAUAUAUUUUUUUAGCAUUGUCGUGGUCAUUACUCUUGACAUUAUUAUUAAUAUUAUUUCGGAGCGAUGUCAAGCACGGAGCGUCGCCGUGGAGACGGGAGGGGGAAAUGCAGUGAAGGAGAGCAGGGGAGCAGACACACACUCACAUAGACUCCUCCUCCUUCUCCUCUCUGCUCAUCUGCUAUCCUCACUCCCCCAUUCCACACAGGCAACAAUGUAUUUUAUUUAGAAAAAAAGGUUUUAUUCUCUGCGUAUACAGAAAAACGAUGUAUUAUUAAAUUGCGAAGCACACAGCCGGCGGGCGUGGCUUUCGUUUGUAUAUAUGUGUAAACUUGUAUUUUUGCCAUCUCUUGAGUUUGUAUUUGUGUUUGAGAGCAUGUUGAGCAACGGGUGGCUUGAAACUGACGGCCGGACGGUUGACUCUCGAACCCUUUGGUGUGUUUGCUUGAAACACAAAUCAAAUUCAAAACAACCAUGAAAUGUCAGCGGCCGUUAGUUACCCGCUCCUGUUCUGGGUCGCGUGUGUGCGAGUGUGAUAGAAUGAUUUUAUUUGCUUUUAAUUUGAACUUGCUGUGACAAUAGUCAGGUUGGCAUUCACGCGGGCGAGCGACUCUGACAUUUUUUUGUAAACUAUGUACUUCAUCUUUUUUUUUUGUUUGUUUGUCAAACUAGGGGGCAAGUUCAGACAAGUGGAAAUGUAAACAGUGUUUUUUUUUCUAAUUAUGUUUCUUCAAAUAAAUGAAUGUUAAACUAAUUUGAAGGUAUUUUACGUUCAUCCAGGAGACCUUUUUUUGUCCCAUUUGUCUUUUAAUAGUUUUUUUUUUUGCACAUCCUAAAGGGACUUUAAAAGGCCACCGAGGCGGUGACGUUGACGCAGAACAAGCGAGUGAGCGUGAUGACGACCUGACUAUUGUGAUAAGUCAGUGGCAGAUGCAUACAUACUGUGGUUACAUGUAAAGAUACAGCGUGAAUGUGCGUGUGUGCGGACAAAAAAAAAAAAUCACUUUAAAAAUCUGAAAUUGAUCAAUGGAAAUUAGAACUAAAAGCUAACAUGUAUGUUUUUUACCGUAACCAGUCUUUUUUUUUUUUUAUGCCACUGUUUUGUGGUGCUUGUCAGUUCAUUUCUAAUUUAUACAGCAAGUGGCUAGAAAGCCCGAGGGACAGCUCAUUUUUCUUUUUCAAUGUUCUUUUUAAUUUGAUUUUUUACUCUGGACGUGCAUGUUAAGUGUACAUUGUAAUCAUUUUGGAGGGCUACUGCUGAACUUUUUUUGGAGGCUGAACUGGACCUAUUCUAUGAAGCACCCCCCAUGUACACAGAAGAGUUUGUACUCGGGACAUUUGUGACUUGGGGGGAGGAAAAAAAAAAAAGCUCAAUAUUUCAAUAUUUGGGACCUGAGGACCCUCUCAAAGCCUAAACUGUCAAAACCACAAACCCCAUCACCUCUCCAUGGACAUGGCAAGAAAAUAUAUAGAUUUAUAUACAUAUAUAAGUAUACAUAUAUACCUAUAUAUAUGUGUAUAUAUACAUAUAUAAAUAGCUAAAGACGAUCAUUGUGGAAUUUUUUUAAAUGGAAUUCUUUUCAGCCCUUUCAUUUUUUUGUCUCCAGCAGAAGAUUGCAGCUCUCUAGAUAUUGCGACUGAAUGGAUUCUGUAUAGACAAAUGGUGACUCAAUAAAUUAAGAACCGUGUUGUGAUGAAACAUGAAUCCGGAUGCAUUCUAUCCACGAAAAAAAAAAGAACACUUUUGUCUCCCUCCCUCGUUCAAGAUUGUGCUGUAAAUAAACAUGACUCUAACUGUAAA